ACAUAAAUAAAUAAUUAUCAUCCAUAAAAACUAAUUGAAGAAGAAGUAGAAGAAGAAAAUAAAAUAAACUAAGACACUUAGUCGAAAAAAGAACAAAAAAAUAAAGUUAUGUUUAAUCUAAGUAAUAAUAACGAAGAUGAGUAAAACUCUCCAAAUUUUAAAUAUUCAACAAGAGUUAAUUCAAAGCAUAAAACUACUAGUCUUUCAAUAUAUUAAAAUGGGUUAAAUAAUUAAUAGGAAGAUUAAAUAUAAAAAUCAAAUUAUUUUCAAAAUAAUAAUUAUUCAAGUAAUUAAAGUAUAAUGUACGGGGGAGAACGUGCUACUUAAAAGUAGCCUUCACAAAUAAGUAACAGAGGUUUUAAUAAGUUAUAAUCGAAAGGAAGCGGAGAAUUUAAUGUUAUUACGUCUAAAUAAGGCGCUUUAAUAAGUCAAACAAGUAUAAAAAAUGUUAGAUAAGUUUCUAAAAAUAAAUCUAUUAUUUCUCUUAAAAAAACUAGUUUCUAAUCUAUUUAAAGCUUAAAUUAAGAAAAAAAUAAUGCUCAUGGUGGGAAUGCCAUCACAACGACAUUAUUUGCGAAAGCUGAUACAGAUUAUGAUGAGUUCAAUCGUAAUAAAACUUAAAUUUUUUUAGCUGAUUUUGAUAAAUUUAGAGAAUAUACUUAUUAUUUACCACAUAAUAAUUUAAAUGUGGUUAUUAAAUAGAUUAAAAAGGUUCAUAAAUUUAUUAAAGAAAAAUAAAUUUAAAACUAUAGUAAAAUAAUGAAAUCAUUUAAAAGUUA